UUAAAUGUAGAAUUUAAGAAGACACAUCUACUUUCAAAUGGCGAUUUCUUUACUAUAGGCAUCCUACAUGUCAGAAAUAUCUCAAGAAAUACAUGUGACCUAAACACUUACUUUGUGAGGUGUUCAUCCCGACAAUAUAAUUGUGACUCAUUACUUGCAUAAAUAUUUUCCCAAUAGUUCGGUAUGGAAAUGUUACCAGAUAUUUGGAUCAGUCAAACAGGUCUGCAACUGCAUUCGUUAACAACGUUCAUAUCUCAAGACUCGGAAUUUGUUGAUUGGAAAAGAUUUCUAGUACUGGCGUCCAGUCCCCUGCCAAUGCCAUCUCGGGAUGAACUAUUUGGUACGUUAUCGAGAUUUAUGGACAUUGAUCUUGAGAAGACAGGAUCUGUGUCCGAGCAGCAGUUUUUACAGGUAUAGUAUGUUAGCCUUUCUUCUAUAUGUCGUGAUCUUUCUAGUCAUAAUUCUUAUCGAUCCUCGUUUCACCGAGGCGUCAUUAUUUUUCAUAUACUGGAUGGUUUUUACAUGCACCUCACCUGUACGAUAGAUUCAAAUUUUCAUUUUAGCAUGAGAGUUAGUGAUGUUUGCAUGAGAAUUUUCUCAACUAUCAUGUUCCGGGUCAAACGAGAACAAAAGUUGCCUGAGGGUUGUUCACUUGAUAUAACCACGCCGAGCAAAAGCUCUCAUCAAGUCGCAUCAAAAUUUAAACCAACUGAAAGUUGAUUGUUGUUCAUUGAAUUAUUUAAGUGCAUUCGAGUCGUUGUUGGCAGUUUCAACUCUCGUCAGCUUUCUUCCUCGUACCACCAGGACUUUCUCUUCAACCUGAACGUAAUAAUUAUGAUUUAUUUCCUUAGCUUCACUUGUGGUUUUCUGAAGAUUCUGAACAUGAAGAUGGUCUGGCAUAUCCUCGAUUUAAACACCUCAAACAGGUAAUUUAUACUAUUUAUUCUUGAAAUGUUGCAUAUUCCUUCAUGAUUAUCCAGCCUCACUGCUUACACUUACAUUUUAGCGCUGAUUCUUUAAAGUCAGCUUCCACACACUACCCUACAAAACUAUAUUUAUCUAUAAUAAUAGAAGACUACUUAUCCUGUUGUAUAUUUGACUAAAACUAAUGCUGCUUGUUUUAUGCUUGCAUGCAGCGUAUACAUGACGUAGUCUCAAGGUUUUCACAAGCUAGGGUUUCACCCAAGAAUGUUGUCAGGUUACUUUACAUUGCUUUCUUUGGUGAACUAUUUCCUCUUUCUUUGAGAUGUGCAUGAAGUGAAUAUGAGGAAAAACUAUCAUAGAUCUUGAACAGUCUGUGCCAGUGUGCACCAAUAAUAAGAAAGUUUCGGAUUGAUAGGAAUGCAACCACCUCAAAAAUACAAGGAGAACUUCGACGUUUCGAGCGAUGGUCCUUUGUCGGGAUUUUAUAGAACCUAAGAAUACUUACAAGACUGACAUAGUCCAGAAUGCAAGUUCAUGUCUCGUUGACAUUCCUGUAUUUAUAUGAAGUAUUUUUUUCUUCAGCUUCUGUUUAAGAUAUUUUGCAACUCAAAGAAAACAGCGCCUAUGUUGAAUUAUGAAGACUUUGUAAGUACAAAAUUGAUCAAUAAAAUCGAGAUCAUGUUUACGUAACUUUAUACAGAAACCAACAUCAUGCACAAAGUGAAAUCUGAUCCAACAUCUUUCCAACGUGACUUUCAAACAGAUACAUGAAUGUGUUAACCAAUAGUGUUCGACCUGGCCUGUGAACAGUCUAUAUAGAAAUUCAUUUUGCAACCAGGGCCGGUUGGAUUUAACCACUAUUUUCAAUCUAUGUCUGUUUUAGUUGUUAUAUUUUGCCAUGGAUGAGAAUCCGAUAGAAGGAAUGUUACGAGCAUUGAGCAUAGUUUGUUGUCAACACAUGCCAUCUUCAUCUUUAUUUCAACCUGAAGCGCCUGCGCUACAGAAAGAAACAGACACAUCAACAUCUUUUCCUGUCGGAAAGGUACGUUUAAAACCUCGUCCUUCCUAAUUAGUAUAUGCUCAUUGUUGAUAUGUAAUACCUUCAUCGGGCUAUUGUCCGAUUCCUGCAAUAUACAGAUUAUUUGCUCAGUCAAACGUGAGAAGAUUUCUUCCAAAUUCACUCUACCGAACCUGGCCGUAGAUAUCCUCCUCAUACUCCUCUUGUUGUAACCCUGCAUGACCACUAAGAAAUAAAUUGCCUGCUUACUGUUUGAACAUAGACAUAAUUGGUAUUUGUACUUCAAAUGAUAUCUUUACCAUUGUUUUAUUUUAGAAUAUAUCUGACGAACCUGGUGGUAAUGCACUUAUAACGUUACAAGACUUUGUCAAGGUAGUAUGCCUCAUAAUCAAAGACAGACAAAGUAGAAUAGGUGGCUUUUAUCAUGCUCCAGUUCAAUGCACACGGAGACCAUUUAAACAAAAGAAUCUCAUUAUUUGACCUUCAUUUUCCUUUGUGUUAAAGUCUCGUGAGAUUGCUUGAAAUCCACCUGUUCAUUGUUUUGUUUGCAUAUAUGUCUGUUUAUUUCAAAACUGUAGAAAAUAAAAACUGCUAUUGAUCCAGAAAAUUUUAUACAACCGUUGUUGGAAUGUUUAUACAACCGUUGUUGGAAAGUUUGCUGUGACGUUUUAUGUUAACCCAGGAUUCUAACCCGUUUUCGAACAACCGGCUACAAACGUUCAAUUAAGAUAAAAUUUAAAAUUCUACAAACAUUUGCUUCUCUCCAGGUGUUUCAUCAUGGUGGAAAUGAGUUUAGUGACAAACAACGAUUUCAAGGAGCAGAACAUACGCCAUUUUCCCAGGUACGAGAUUAAUCUUUAUUUAAAAUAUUCUUGAUCUCAACAUUGAGGUAUUGUUUUCAAAACUGGCUAUUCAAGAAAUAUGGAAGCAAUUUAUUAUUACGAGUUCUGUAAAAGGUUUAAUUUGAAAAGAUGACUUAUCCAUGAGUGCUAACUAUUGCACUUCAAGUCUGAUAAAUAUUAGAAAACAGUGUAUGUGUUCAUGGGCUCAACAAAAGGCUGCAGUUUUCACAGAGUGGAACUAGUUACUUCGACACAAAAGAAAAUGCUACGAUGCGGUUGAAGUGAGAAACGAUAAUGGUGACCUACAUUCAUUAAACUGCAUUUCUCUAUAUUUUUCCACGAAAUACAAGACAUAUGAUGAAAGAAUGAAAGAAUGUUGGAAAAACCAAGAUGGCGGACGGUCGCGUUCUGACUAGCUCUGUCAGUUGCCUUCAAAACAAUCUUUAUAACUGGGACUUGACCGAAAUACUUCGCUACAAAGAAGCGAAUAGCUUUACUUAUGUUGGCAAUCGAAUUAAAUGGAUAGAUACUUUUGACAUGUUGAAAAUAUUUACGAAAAAUGCCAUUGGUCAGGCUGGCAAAUGGCUAUCACCCGGUGGCAAAUAUAAGAAAUUUGUGAGCUCCAAUUCUGACCUAACUAUCACAUGGAACUAUGAACUGGGCAUGCUGACUUUCAAAGGCAGUGUAGGAGACAAUUUAAAAGAACUAUUUGCUAAUAUUAUGAAUGAAGACAUGCCGACGAAUAGUAUAAGUUUUAAACUUGGCUCUUCGAAUAAAGACAAAUUGUUGGAUAAUGGCGAAAUCGUGUCCGAAGCUGGUAGAAAAAUCAUAGACCGUGAUAGUGCUGAAUCCGAAUGCGGGGCGGUAACACAUACUACGGACAUUUCAACUCUUGAAGAGCUACAGGAAAUUGUUGAUCGAUCUUAUCAAGGUAUGUUGCCCCGAAAUGGCAACGUCAAUGUGUCCUUUGCCCAAACAAUCGACAGUUCUACCCCUUUCAGGUCGCGUGCAGCAGAAUGCUUAUCUAUGGAGGAACGAUUCUGUACGUUUAAGGUAAAUAUAGAGUCCACAGUGACAGCCUUAAAGGCUAAACUUUCGGAACAGACCCAAAUCAUUGCAGACAGUAAACAAGAGCUAUGUAAAUUGGCCAGUGACAAUUUGCAUUUAAGAACACGCCUGGCUGAACUUGAAGAGAAAGUGUUCCCUAAGGACAAAUCUACUAUUUUAAAUACCCCCAGUAGUAACGGUGAUAUCCCUAACAAUACCUCAGUAAAUAAAUCCCAACCCAUCGUCCCGUGUGUAACGACACCCACAAACAAUGCACAAUUGAAUACGUUAAACACAAGCAUUUCAAGCUCAAUUAACAUUGAUAUUCCAUAUGCAGUUAAAGCCUCAGCUAAUCCGAAUAGAAAUAAUGUAAGAUCAUUAGAGAACAAUGAUAGUAACCUGCGACGAAUACAAUUAAAAUCUCAAAUGCUGAAAUUACAUCAACAGGCAAAAAGGAAAAAGCGUUAGUGCCUUGCCCGUUCCUGAAAAGGAGAGGUCACUGCUUAAAGGGAGACAGAUGCGACUUUCUGCAUAAGAAAGUCCUACCUGUAACAAGUGGAUCGAAGUUUCAACAAAAGCGUGAUAAUAUACCACAAUCAGGCAGUAACCAAUUCCCUUUUCCCUUCGACCUAAGUUAUUUUUUCCCAUUUCGACUCCCAAUGUUUUAUCCCCCCCUACAUCCGUUUCCGUAUCAGCAUACACCCCACCUCCGACCCUACCAAGCCCCCCACCUCUUAUGUCAUUAUGGACAAGACCCCCCGUUUACUAAAUGAAGAGACAUCCUACAAUCCUAAUUUGAAGAUACCGGUUAGAAUAACAUCACGCUUUAGUAAAACAAACUAUGAUCAAAAUACCCCCACGCGAAUUUAUAAUCCCAACAAGAUUAGGAAUACACAUGCAAAUUUAAUUGCUAUCAAGCCCACCAGAAAUGGUCCUCCUACGCAAAAGAUCAUACCCAAAUGCAUGGUUAUAAAUGCACGUUCUCUUGCCAAACCUCAGGCAGUUUCUGCGUUGGAUGUUGAGCUCUCUACAUGGGAAAUUGACAUCUGCUUCGUGUGCGAAACAUGGUUGAACAGUAAGAUAUUAUCAAAUUUAGUAUGUCCCAAUAACUAUCUUAUUGUAAGAAAAGAUCGCGGCGAUGGUCGAAAUGGAGGAGGUGUUGCUAUAAUUUGUCGGGAAGAUUGGAAAUGUAAAUCUCUAAACUUUCAAAAUAAUUUGGAAUGCAUCUGGUGUGGAAUUGAGACAGCAAAUAGCAAAUACUAUGUCGCCUCUGUGUAUCACCCUCCGGACCCCACAUAUCAGGAAAGCGAAUUACUAAAUCAUUUAUCAGAGAGUAUAGAGCAAAUUCUUCAGUGGGAAUCAAAUGCCAGAAUUAUAAUUGGAGGAGAUGUUAAUCAACUGAAGGUUAAGGAUAUUAUAAGUCAACAUAAUAUGGAACAAAUGGUGAGAAAACCUACAAGAGGUCAGAAAAUACUUGACAUUUUCCUAACUAAUUGUCCACACUUAUGGAAUCACCCUAGAGUCUUUGAUGGCUUAGUAAAAUCUGACCAUUUGGCUGUCGUGAUAACUCCACGGGUAGCUGUAAAACCGGAAAGAAAAACAGUUUAUUUUAGAGAUGCAAGAGACCAUCGAAAGUUUGCUAUGGUGAGAGAGUUGGAAGCACAAGACUGGAGCUGUAUUGAUGACUGUGAAGACGUGAACGAAUCAGUUAUGUUAUUAAAUCAUAUUAUCACUUCUGCAUUCAACAACAGUUUUCCAUUGAUUAAGAUAAAAUUAUCCACACGGGAUCCCCCAUACAUGUCUCCUCUGGUAAAACAUUUAUGUAAAAUACGCAAUAAAAGUGUGAGGAAAGGAGUUAACGAAGUCUACAAAGAAAGAUAAAUAAGCUUAUCCGAGAAAAUAUGGUUAGUGAAGUUAAGAAGGAGAAUGGGAAAUAUGCAUCUGGAUCGAAGAAAUGGAUAAUAAUUGUUUUGUCACUCAGUUGACGAUCAUCUGCUGCAUGAGAAUGUUACAGUAACGCACGUGUCAGAGUAAAGGAACGAAACACAUAAAUAAAUUGUCAUAUCGUUUAGUGAAUCCAAUCAGCAAACCUGUUCUACAGAGAAGACCUGUUGUCAUGAGACAUUGGUUUUAGACCAGCCGCUAGUUUUUCUGUUUUAAUGUUUUCCUCUAGGAUCGUUUGAGUGGUGUAUUUCUGGAACUGGGUGCAAGUGAGACGGAGUCAUUGCCAUUUUAUAUUCUUUAUCAACAUCCUAUCAUUGAAGAUUGUCUACACAUCUGUCAGAGAUUUAAAUACCAUGUAAGCAUCUUUGUUGAAUUUUUGUUAUUUUGUCCAUUUUAAAAAUCAGGCGUGCUCUCGCCAUACAGUAAAUCGUGGCGAAAUCGUGCCUGUGGUAAAAGCAAUUUACUAUAGCACAACAACUAACACACGGAAGAAACGUAUAAUGCAUGAGGAAAUCCAAAAUUGCAGCUUUAAUUCCCACUCCUUUAAGACAUCAUAUGUCAUGAAAUGAUUAUAAUCUUUAACAAGGUCGUGUAACAGCUAUAGUAACUGUUGGUUGUGAUUAUUCAGCUCUUCGGCCCCAUCUGAACUUUUCAGUGACCGAUUAUACAUCAAGUAUUAUACGCUUACUUAUACUACUUACUCAGCCUAAGCUAUUUAUUAUGAUAUUAGUUUCUUAACUGUGUUUAUCCUAACCCACCCUGCCAACUUUCUCUGUGGAAGGAAACCCGAGCACCCGAAAACCCACGACUUUCGGCAGAGCGUUUCUUUUCACAUGAGUUCGUGGCGAGAAUCGAAGCCUCAGAGAUAAAAGACGCUUGCUCUGACGUCAUAACUCUUCAUUCAGCUCAAUAUAUGACAUCGUCUCAGUUAUGCCCGCGGUAUUUGAGUCUGUGUGUAUUUAGGCUACAGAAAUAAGAUUGCCUCUGCAUGGUAUUAUGACUGAAAAGUAUUUUCUUAUGUUUUUAGAACCUCAAGAAUCUCCUAAAAUGUGAAAGAUUGGAUGCCUCAAUGAACGAAGGACACUGAAGAUUGAGUGGGGGACAUUAAGGGAUACUGUGUGAUUUUAUAAUGUUAUUGUCUAUUUGUAUAAAGUAGUUUCGUGUUGGAUUUCAACUGAUGUACAUUUGUAAUACAGUAGAAGAUUAAAAACAGCAUGUUUUUUUAAUGUGUGC